UGAAAUGGCAACCCAUAUACAGGUGCUGCCUGCUUUGAGUUGCUCAUUCAUUCGUAAUCUGUUCUCCGUUUGGACUUGUUGUGUUUUACAUAGUGCGUGCAUUUCGGUUGUAAAUAAAGAGAGAGACGAAAAGGAAGACAGUGUGUGGUGCAAUUCUGAGAAUUUGAAAAUUUCAGUAAAAUUAAUAUACGCAAAACUGCCCGAAAACAUAAUAAUCGGUGAAAAAGUUACCUGCAAUGAAGAAAUAUCUAACGAGUGACUCUAAUUAAUUCAUAAUGUUGUGAAAAAUAUAAAAUUUUAGUAGAAACAAAAUUAAUUUUUCCCAGAAAGGUAAAUUUCUAAGUAAACGAAUUUCUGAGAAUUCGAAUUCGAUCUCCGCUGUUGUACAUAGUGUUGUGUGUGCGUGCAUACAUGCGCUAGAAGGACGCAGUGUAGAUCAUAUAUGUACAUAAGUGAAACGAAGGAGGGGAAGUGUGUGUUUGUGGUGCAAGUGCAAGAAGGUGCUGCAUAGCCUGCAUAUUUCCACGAAUUGGACAAAUCGCUGCCGCUGCAAUAAAACCGCAAAGAGGUGAAACAAUUUGGUUGCUUUCGGGCACUUCAUACAUAUAGUAUAUGCAACAUGAGUGAAUUAUUGCGCUACGUUAGCAUCGCAACCAUUGUGUUGUGCUUAGCUCACAUAACCAACGCAUUCCAUGAGGAUGAUGUAGGCGAGACAAGACCACCGCAUGCUGAUGUUAAUGUGGGGGGCAGUGUAAAUAUAUCUUGUCUUAUAAAUCCUAACCGAUUCGAUGAUCCUUGCAAAUUAACAUUCAUAAAUCAACUUACUGGACAAAACGUACCUCAUGAAGACAUAUUGGUAAUGAAUAGCAGCUACAUUGUUUAUAUGUUUCACAGUACACGUGAGCAGUCGUUACGACUCCUUUGCAAAUGUGAUGGAGAUGCGAUCGCAGAGUCAACCAUUAACGUGGGUACUCCGCCGCGCGGUGUUAGUCAAUUCAAUUGUCGCAGUUUUGAUUUUGAAUAUAUGGUUUGUAAUUUUACCCAACCCAAGAAUGCAGUACUUACCCAAUACAAUCUCACGUACUACAUAAAUUCACCUGAUUACGAAACUCCGGCUUACUGUUAUUUUGAUAUGAAACCAUUAGUGGUUUGUAACAUUACCGCAGAGCAUUCCUAUCGGCCACAUGUUGAGGAGUACCACUUUAAAGUUCACAGCAUCAAUGCUUUAGGCAGCUAUAAGCAAGAAUUCAUCAUAAAUAACUUGAAUGUCAUGGUGCCAGCGCGACCAGGUCAAGAUUUUCAUAUUAUUAAAUUGACCACAGAUAGUAUGGACGCAAUUUGGAGCAUGCCAAAAUAUGACUCAUACACACCUAACAAACACCGCGGCUUACAGUGGGAAGUACUCUUACAGGCAGAUGGUUUCGCAGUAGAAAAUAUUAGUUCGCAAGUACGUGUAGCGCGUGUUGAUCGUGGUUGUAAAUUGUCAUUAACCGAGCUGCCAUAUGCCCACUACUCGUAUGAGUUGCGUUUACGUGUUAAAGUGCGUACGGCCGUUGCCGGUGAGGAUAUGUGGAGUCAAACGUUUAAGUGUCGUUUCCGUACGCAGCCCCGUAUGCCAGAUAGGCCACCACGCAUCGAUAAUGGCAGUUUUUAUAUAAAUCCACUUGAAACCGAAGUGCGCCUGUAUUGGGAGCAAUUAGAAAAGUGGGAGGAGAAUGGUGACAAUUUUACGUACAUAAUACGUGCGUUGGAAAAGCGCGUCAAUGGCCAAACGAGAGCACUGCUGCGACGACAACAAGAGGCAAAUUUUGCUAUUUUCGAAUGGCAAAAUGAUUUGCACUAUACUUUCGAGUUAAGUAGUCGCAAUCAUAUGGGGGAAUCCUCUACAGCAAAUGUCAUUACUAUAUACCCACAGACGAGCAGAUUAGCCAAGCAUCAUACACCACACUCCAUACAUAAUGUCUAUCAUGAGACAAAUCGUUCGUAUACGCUAACCUGGCUGCCACCACAAGCACAGGAGGGUCUACAAAAUUAUACGGUGUAUUGGUGUUAUUCGAAACUGGCCAUGCCCACAGAUUGUAGGGGCUCAAUACAUUUCCGUCAAGUGAGCAGCAAAACUCAGCGCUUUACUACGGAACCACAAUCGGCCGAACAUGAUCACUCGUUAACGCUAGCCGUGUCCGCCAAUUACAUUAACUAUAAUACCGGCAUGCAUUGGACAUCUUGUAGUGUUGACGUGAAUGCCGAUUUUGAACCCAUGGAACCUGAAAUUUUGUCCAUCUCCGCAACGGAAUUGCGCGUGCAAUGGAGCUCGAAGACAGUUUGCCCAUCAAUUUUAAGCGGUUAUAAUCUAACCUAUUGCGAGGUGGCGCAUACACCAGCUACCGACAGCAUAACACCGCCUAGUGUAGAGAGCGGCUUAUUUGAGCCAUUCAGCAGCGCCAAGACUGUGCAUGCUGAAAGGGCUGCGUGUGUUAGCGCCCCGACUACCAUAACAAUAGAUAAGAAUUGGAAUAAGUUUAAUAUAACAGGCCUAAAACCCUUUACGCUAUAUCGUUUGGAAAUGUUUAUGUUCUCCAACGUGAAGGCGGGCAAGCCGAAUGAUCAACUAUUGGUGCGUACAUUCGAAGCGGCGCCUUCACCACCACGCCAAUUACACGUUACCGAACUGACCGAUACAAGUGCGAAAAUUACUUGGUUUGCACCAAGUGAAGCCAACGGUUAUAUACGUCAGUAUAUUGUUAAGCUGAAUAAUAAGGAAUUUUUAGUUAAUGCCUCGCGCUUGGAUGACGCCAACAACAUCAGUUUUGUUUUGGAGAAUCUCACCAGUUUUACGCCGUAUAAAGUGUUUGUAAUUGCGGUUACAAGUUACAAGUCGAACCACAGCAAUGAUAUUCACUUCACCACUUAUAUGAGCGCCCCCUCCAAAAUGGCUUACUCAGGCACAACCUACAUGAAUCCAAAAGAAGUGCAGGUGAAGUGGCUGCCGCCCAGUCAGCCUGGCGGUCGCGUUGAUUUCUAUGAGGUCGCCGUAACAGUGCUGCGCGGUGAUUAUGUCGAACGUCGUCGCAUAUCCGUGGUCUUCGGCAAAAGUUGCGUGCUGCGUGUGCCCGCCUGUCCCGAUCCGGACUAUCAAACCAAAGUGGAAGUGCGUGCGAUCAAUGCGGGUUUGAUUAAGAAAAACGAAGUCAAUCCGAAGGAUGUAAUUGCACACCAAACCGAAUUCGAUCCCGAUGCACAUAAUUACGAAUACAACGAAGAAUAUGAAUGUGUCGGUACUGACAAUGCAGCGGAUGCGGAACGUGAAAAGGCUGCACUGGCGGGAUAUAACAAUAAAGGCAAAUAUUUGUUGUAUAAAUCCGACUGGUAUCCGCUGACUAGUUUUGGUUGUUCACAGCGACAGCUGGGUAAAAUUACCGUUAUCACCUUAAUGAUUGUCUGCACAUCGCUCAUGUUGAUGGCGCUCAUGUUCUUCGCGACGAAAAAAUGGAAAAUGAUGAGUGAUAUACAAUGCACGCUGCCCGCAGCGCUGGUGGAUGCCUACCUCACGAAGGAGCGGAAUGGCGGUGGCGGCGGCGUUUACAACAGCAGCAUAGUCAACAGUAAUGGCGGUGGUGUACUCAUCAAUGACUUCCUAGGAACGCCAAUAACGCGUAACACCAACGCCCAACCGCUGCGUGACAGCAACGAGCGACUGCACAUCGAGGAGCAUCACCUGUUAAGCAGACAUAACCAUGACUUGGGCUAUAUUAGCGGUGGGCUGCAAUUCGGACGUAGUAUUAGCACACUGGCGGAAGCACAGACUACAGAAAAUGAUAGCGGCGAAGAAGAUUUAGCCUAUCACAAGCGCGAUUACUUGAACUCUGAAAGUUCCGCUGACUCAUUAAUAGACAGCACAAGUAGUAGUGGUGGCGUUAACAGUGAACUGGGCGCACAGGAUGCAGUACCGUUACAGCGCAUAGCUGAGGAGCCUGUUGGCUAUGUACAAGCGGCGCAAGUGCAAACCGGCGGUGCUCCUGGCGGUUACGUGAUGGCGAACAACUUGCAGGCAUGGAUGCAGCCAAAAGCGCCAGUACAAGCAGCAGCAACAGCAAAUGUACAAACCAGCCAGCUUGGCUAUGUACAAGCGGAUGCGCUACAACAUGCGACCGCAAGAGAAAAGCACACGGCGGCAGCAGCCCCUACUUUUAGCGGUUACAUUAGCUCGACCGAGCUGGCACGUUGGCCAACGCAAAACACAACAGCAACAGCAGCACAAAGUGCAAGUGAACGCGUCGGCCACAGUGGCUACAUAAAGCCCACAGCUUUAAACACGCCCAGCGCUUGUGCACAACCAGCACAAAUACGCGCCACUGGCAUUGAAGCAGGCAGCAAUAGUGAUUUUAUAAACGCGAGUGCUUUGCGUGCAGCUCCUACAGUGCGGACCGAACCAAACCAACAGCCGAAUGCCACAGCCACCAAUAAUAGCGGUUAUAUAACGGCUGAUAGCCUUGAGGCGCAUAUGCCAAAAGCUAUGAAUGCAGCAACAACAACGCCGCCAGCAAUCUCAGUUAACAACAACACAAGUGCCGAUGAUAAAGCACCAACGCCUGUAGCGGCUGCUGGCAGCCAAACCAAUAGCGCAUACGUGCAACCAAGCACUUUGCAAGCAUUAUUCUUCAACACGCCGACAACAACAGGCGCCAGGGACAACCGCGCACCGUUUAACAAUGCUAAUGUAACGAAUUUUAGCGCGUUGGGCAAACUAACGCCACCACAUAGCGCGCCUACAGCACGUAGGCCAGAGCAAGCUGAUGCUAAGCCGCGUCUCAUGGGUUAUGUAACGCAACGUGAAAUGAAUGAAUUCGGACAGCAGCAUAUGCAUUAGAGAGUUAGAAUAGUAGGAGGUUUGCACUGCGACCUAGUGUCUAUUGUGCACUAUUAGAGAGUUAACCACAACGGCAUGCAGUCAAACGCAUGAGAAAACAGCAACAAAAUGCGCUACAAAAUUUGAUUUGGUAUUUUGCUAUAAAUUUGGCAGGUAAAUUAUAAAUGUUGAACUCUAACCUUAAAAAUUUGUGAAGGCAGCAAAAACUUGUGGCAGUUGUAGUGACACUGUAAUGCAUUUCAACUCGAUUUGCUUGCAGUUUUACGAUUUCGAUCAUUCAGUUCACUAUAAUCUUUUUAAUGUUUUAUUUUUUAAUUAUUAAAGGCUAAAUGCUUACUCGAUAGUAUUAAUAUGACAUUAUGGUUAAAUACUUGAUGAUCGUUUAAAUUUUAAGGCUAUAGUUAUAUUAUUGUAUUAUAGUUUUAAAAACACAUAUUUCUUAAUUUUUGAAAAUACUAAUACAUAUACGGCAGUUAAUUUGAUUAAUAUUAUUUCAAAAUUUUUUUAAUUUUUGAAAAUAUUAAUAUGCCGCAGUUAAUUUGAUUAAUUUUAUUUUAAAAUUUAGUUUUUAGUUAACGAAAGCUUUUCAUUUCAUUGACCCGUCGAUACAAUUGUUUUUUAACGAAUGGUGAAAAUAUAAUAAAAUGGUAAAUACUUAGAAAAAAA